AAAAGGUAAAGAAAAAUCUAAAAAGGGGAAAGUGAAGCAACAGACAUCAAUGACUAUGUAAAAUAGCUGCGUGAAGAUUGAGCUCUACCAUUUUCAUUCCUAUUCUUCAAUUCCAGCUAGUUCCAGUUAGAGCUUCACCUCAAUCAACGAAGUACAUCUUUAUUUGCGCCUCAAAUCUCAGUUCGGCUGUUUGCGUUGAGUAAGAACUCUUCCGACCUCAUUAUACAGAAAAACGCAGAUAUGUGGAUUCAUCAAUGUGAAAAACUAGCCGGCUCAGACUUGGUUUGUUAUCGAGUAUACACCCAAAAGUCUCACAGAUCAUAACAAAUGGCUAGAGGUAACAAACACAAGAUUGUACAAGUUGAUAGGUCUGAAAAAGGGAAAAAACGAGUAGUCGAUGAAUCAGAGAAUAGAAAUUGCAGCGGGGAAGCUGUUAAAGUUUCGAUUCGAGAUGAGCCGGAGGAAAUAAAAAUUAAGGCUAGGAUAGGCGGGGAAGCAUUGAUCUUGCCCCACUAUGCAAGUUUUAUUUCGGUUGAGAGGUACGACCUCGCUAUAGUCCUGGAUGAUGUCGGAUCAUUUCUGGCUAAGAUAUCCGUUAGGUCCCGUUUGAAAAUGUUUAAUGAAUUCAAACAAGUCGUGGUUGAUCAACGUCUUGAGUCUAGGUUUAAGAAUUCCUAUUUUGGUGGUUUAUGGGACUUGUCAGAACAUAUGAAGUUCAACGGACAGCUUGUUCACUAUACACUUCUUUGCCGAGUUGAACAGGACAACAAGCUGCAUAAAAUGUGGUUCUGCAUCUAUGACAGGCCUGCAUGUUUUGGCCUGAAGGAGUUUGCAUUAAUCACGGGUUUAAACAAUAAGCGUUAUUUCCGUGAUUCAAAAUAUGUCAAAGCGAUGGAGGAGGGUGAAACUUUUUUCAAAAAGAUUGCAAAAAAAGAGGAGUGUAAAUGCGAAGAGAUUGUUGAAGCUUAUUAGAGGUGGGAGGCUGGAGAAAGAGGACAAGUUAAAAUGCUGUUUGGUUUGAUUCGUGCACUGCAUAUUGCUUGCACGCGACUUGUCAAAAAUCGUAGACAUAGACACCAUCAAGAUGGUGGAUAACUUGGGCUUCUUUGAAAGAUACCCUUGGGGUAAGAAGUCAUUUGCCUUAACUCUAGACUAUCUAAAGAAGCGGAUAGAUAGACUUUAGCAGGCAGAAGAAGACAUUUGAGACAAAGGGAGUUUCAUCGUACGCGCUCUACGGAUUUUCCUGGGCAUUUAUGAUUUUGAUAUACGAAGCCUUUCCCACGCUUGGCAAGGGAAAUGAUAAAUCAACUGAAGACCCGCUGCCCAUUCCUCGAUUGAUCAGAUGGCAUACCUCAAAAGGCGAUAAACUAAUCGAAGGUGAUCCAUAUUUGAAUGGAUGGAGCACAAAGAGAGUACACCCGUACCUUAUCCCCAUAGUUCGUGAAAUGAAGCAACACUACAUGAAAAAGUCUAAAGUAUUCACGGACGAAUCGAAGGACACAUUUAUCGAUGGCUUGAAGGCCCAUCUGGAGGGUGUGACUGUCAUCACCUCAUCGGAGAAUGGUAAGGAUGGGGAUGAUGAUCGGGAUUUGGGUGAAAAUGCUGGUUCAAGGCAUGUCACUCGGGGUGCGGGGACGAGUAAAUCGAGAGCAUCGAGAAAGACAUUGAUGAUUGAAAAUAUGGAAGAGCGUGUGUUUAGGAUGGAGGAUUCGAUCAAGGACAUCGUUGAUUUUGUAAAAGAGAAGAGGCUGAGGAGAGAAGAAAAGGAUAAGCAAAAGAAGAGAGAUGAAGAUGAAGGUGUGUAGGUGAAAAGUCGGCGCUCAGCGGCGAGGGAUGUCCGCGAUGACAAUGGCAUUAAAGAAGCGCUCCUUGAGAUAGCAGCUUUGGAACAAGCCUCGAUCAAUACUGAUAAGGUGAUGAUCCCUGAGGUUGUAGUUGUUUGUAGAGAAGGAAAAUCUCAAUGAAGAAAAAGAAGAAAAAAUGAAAAAGUUUGUGAAGAAGAAAACAAAGUUGAUGGAUCAGCUGGUGUGGAGAAGGAGGACCAUGACGAAGGCAGGUAGGAUGAAGAAGAUAAAAAUGAGUAAAGUGUUUCUGAAGAAGAAAACAAUGAAGGAGAUGGAGAGAAAGCAGAAGAGAAAAAUGCAGAAGAAGUAGAGAAAGAAGAGGGAGAAGAACAUAAAGAAGAAGGAAAAAAUGAUGCACCAGAAAAAAAAGGCAUCGUGGAGAAAGAAAAUGAAAAUGGAAACGAAUUUUCGAACUUAGAUGAAUUUCUUAAUGAAGUUACUCAGAUAUCGACAAGAUGCAAGUGGAAGACAAAAAUGUUGAUUGUUUAGAUAAUGUUUAAUUUUUGUUUGUGACUGAUGAUUAUUUUUAUUAGACCAGACAAUCUUAACUUUUCAGCUCGGGAUGUGUAGAGCUGAGCAAUUUUGUUUUCUAAACAACCUUUAUAGUUUAUGAUAAACAUUUUUCAUUUUA